CUCCAGGCGGCAACCGGACCAAGUUCCACAGUCCCCGGGGCAGGAGUUAGAGGCCGGGAGAGGCAUGUCCCAGGUGCAGCGGUGUGAGCUGUGAAGAGCGCCGGGCGGGAUGGGUCGGCGCCGGGCGCCGGAGCUGUACCGGGCCCCGUUCCCGUUGUACGCCCUUCAGGUGGACUCCAACGCGGGGCUACUCAUCGCCGCGGGUGGAGGAGGCGCCGCCAAGACCGGCAUAAAGAAUGGCGUGCACUUUCUGCAGCUCGAGCAGAUUAAUGGGCGCCUGAGUGCCUCCUUGCUCCACACCCAUGAUACAGAGACACGGGCCACCAUGAACUUGGCACUGGCUGGUGACAUCCUUGCUGCAGGUCAGGAUGCCCACUGUCAGCUCCUUCGCUUCCAGACCCAUCAGCAAAAGGGCAACAAAGUGACAGAGAAGGCAGGUUCUAAGGACCAAGGCCCUCGACAAAGGAAGUGGGCAGCACCAGCAGAGCAGAAAUCUGGAACAGAAACCCACCGUGAGGGCGUAGAACUCAGUGUUGAGAAUUUGCAGGCGGUACAGACAGACUUCAGCACUGAUCCACUGCAGAAAGUUGUGUGCUUCAACCAUGAUAACACCCUGCUUGCCACUGGAGGGACAGAUGGCUUCGUUCGUGUCUGGCAGGUCCCUGGCCUGAAGAAAGUUCUGGAGUUCAAAGCCCAUGAAGGGGAGAUUGAAGACCUAGCUCUGGGGCCUGAUGGCAAGUUGGUAACCGUGGGCUGGGACCUUAAGGCCUCCGUGUGGCAGAAGGACCAACUGGUAACACAGCUGCACUGGCAAGAGAACGGACCCACCUUUUCAAACACGCCUUACCGCUACCAGGCCUGCAGGUUUGGGCAGGUUCCAGACCAACCUGCUAGGCUGCGACUCUUCACAGUGCAGAUUCCCCACAAGCGCCAGCGCCAGCCGCCACCCUGCUACCUCACAGCCUGGGAUGGUUCUACCUUCUUGCCCCUUCGGACUAAGCCCUGUGGUCAUGAAGUCAUCUCUUGCUUCAGUGUCAGUGAAUCUGGCACCUUCCUAGGCCUGGGCACCGUCACUGGCUCUGUUGCCAUCUACAUAGCUUUCUCUCUUCAGCGCCUCUACUAUGUGAAGGAGGCUCAUGGCAUUGUGGUGACAGAUGUGGCCUUUCUACCUGAGAAGGGUCGUGGUCCAGAACUCCUUGGGUCUCACGAAACUGCCCUAUUCUCUGUGGCUGUGGACAGUCGUUGCCAGCUGCACCUGCUGCCCUCACGACGAAGUGUUCCUGUGUGGCUGCUGCUGUUGCUGUGUGUUGGGCUUAUAAUUGUAACCAUCCUGCUGCUCCAGAGUGCCUUUCCAGGCUUUCUUUAG